AAAGCGAGCAGGAGGAGGCAGUAGAGAGGAAGCGAAGUCCCAAUCCCACGGUGCGUCCUCUCUCCACGCUCACCACCGCCGCGCUGCCGGGAGCGCGCGCGGCCGCGGGGAACCCUAGGCGGACGGCGGUGGGGGAGCCGGUCCCGAGAUCCUCGGAGUGGGGCGCGCGGGCGGCGCGCCCUCGCCUGAGCUGGCCGGCGGGCGGCGGGUGGGGCCCCCAUGCCUUUGGCGCCCCGAUCGGAGCCGAUCGGUGGCCGCGUGAGGCGUCGGAGCAGCUCGCGCGGCGCGGAGGGCGAGGAGUCGGCGGCGGCGGCGGCGGCGGCGGAGGAGGAGGAGGAGGGGGAGGAGGAUGGCGCUCUUCCGCAAGUUCUUCCUGAAGAAGACGCCGGAUCGGCUGCUCGAGAUCUCCGAGCGAGUCUAUGUAUUCGACUGCUGCUUCUCAACUGAUGCCAUGGGUGAGGAUGAGUACAGGGAUUAUUUGAGUGGCAUUGUUGCGCAGCUGCAGGACUACUUUCCAGAUGCAUCUUUCAUGGUGUCCAAUUUCUGGUCUGGGGACAAGAGGAGCCGGAUUUCAGAUAUCCUGUCGGAAUAUGACAUGACAGUUAUGGACUACCCGCAGCAAUAUGAAGGAUGCCCGCUGCUUCAGCUUGAGAUGAUCCAUCAUUUCUUGAAAUCUUGUGAAAAUUGGUUAUCAGUGGAAGGACAGCACAACAUGCUUUUGAUGCACUGUGAAAGAGGGGGAUGGCCAGUGCUUGCAUUUAUGUUGGCUGGACUGCUGCUAUAUAGGAAAACAUACACUGGUGAGCAGAAGACUCUAGAGAUGGUUUAUAAACAGGCUCGCAGGGAUUUUAUACAACAAUUCUUUCCAUUGAAUCCUCAGUCUUCUCAUAUGAGAUAUUUGCACUAUAUAACAAGACAAGGAAGUGGUCCAGAAUGGCCUCCUAUUAGCCGGCCCCUCAUCUUGGAUUCAGUAAUUCUCCACGUUGUUCCGAGGUUUGAUGCGGAAGGGGGUUGUAGGCCAUAUUUGCGCGUACACGGGCAAGAUUCAAGUCCUGGUAACAAGAGUUCAAAGAUCCUUUAUGAGAUGCCAAAGACUAAGAAACAUCUCCAGCGUUAUGGGCAGGGGGAAGUCCCGGUAAAAGUUGGUGCCUUUUGCCGCGUUCAAGGAGAUGUGGUUCUUGAGUGCAUUCACAUUGGUGAUAACCUUGAGCACGAGGAGACAAUGUUUAGGGUCAUGUUCAACACUGCAUUCAUUCAAUCCGACAUCCUUGGUCUGAAUCGCGAUGAUAUUGAUGUGUCAUGGAAUGCUAAUAAUCAGUUCCCAAGGGACUUCCGAGUUGAGGUAGUCUUUUCGGACCCUGGUUCUUUCAAGCCUGCUGCUGCUACUGUGGAGGAGUUGGAUGAUGAUGGAGAUGAGACUGAUGUUGCUUCAGUUGAUACGGGAGAGGAGUUUUAUGAAGCAGAGGAGGACUGGCAUGAUGCUAGAAGAGAUCCAGAAACACAGUCAAUUGAUAGUAGAACAUCAGUGGGUGAUGCAGAAUUGGAUGGUGGAGUGUCAAGUGAAGAAAGUGGAAGCCUAGAGAAGCACCGGGCCGAUGAGGAUGUGAAGAUAGUCAUCUCCCAGAAUUUGGGUUACAUGAAUGAUAGACCAGAAAGUGCACCUGCAGUAAGUUUGGGAAACCCUGGAGGUUUGCAGCAGGCGUGUGAGAAUCAGGAGAAGUCCAAAUUAAGCAACCAAAGUGACCAGGAGGACAAUGCUGUGCAGGACAUACAAGUGGUUGCUGCAUCUGUAGAUUCAGAAGGGCAGAAGGAGGACAUGAAAGGUGUAAUUGCACAAACUCUAGUCACCACAGUAGAUCCAAGUUGCAGUGAUGAAGUUCAGUGCCAGCCAGACAAAUCUGCAAAAGCCUUGAAAUACCCUGAUUUGGACUAUACUGGAUUCAACUCUCCUAGAACUUUGUCUAGUGUGGAUGAGGAUACCUGCCUGGGAACUAUAUCAAAUGGAGGACUGCAGAAUGCUGAUGUCAAGAUUAUUACUGAGAGCACAGUAAUCGUGGACAAUGAGCUGGUGGUCUAUGAAGAGAAAACUAUAGUUGAUAAUGGAAAUCUAAUGCAGGAAGUGAAAAAUGUUGUCAAUGAAGAGAGCGCUAUAUCUAAAUUAGAUAGAUCUGUUAUUGAGAGCAUGGACUCGCAAGAUAACAGUAAUCACAAGAUGGAGGUCGCUAAACCUGCUGACACAUCUGAUAGCAAAAUGGAGCAAACUAAUCUGAAAUCUGAGCUUGAAGAUGUCAUAUCUCUGAAGAAAACCACUGUGCAGAGCAGCAUUGUUGCGUUGCCAGCCAGUGAAAUAGCAACAAAAGUCAAAAUAAAGAGAGAAGAGUCUGGUGGCAGACGAGAUGUGGGCAUAUCUCUUCCUCAAAGUAAAAUAGAAGCUAGGGCUAAGAGCCCACGGAUAAGCAACGACAGAAGGCAAAUACCUAACAAAGUUGUACCCUCGAAGAAGAUGCCACUAGACAAUGAACCUGAGCCAGUUUUAUUGGAAGAAAAGCUAGGCAAUAGCGAACAAUCGGAAGAACAAUCAAUGGCAGUCAAACCUAAGACAAUACGCAGAUGGGUUUCACCCAAUAAAGAAUCUGAAAGUACCUCUGUGCAUAGGCCAUCUCAUCCUCCAUCCAGAUAUGAUAGUUCUCCGGCUGCACUAGCUAUCCAUUCCGUGCAUACAAAUAACAAAUUCAAUGCCGGCAAAGAUGCAUCUUUGGUAUCAUCAGGUGCACAAGCUGCAGCUCAUACUCCACCUCCACCUCCACCUCCACCACCUCCAUCAUUUGCUUCUUCAAGUUCCUUAUCAAAUCAUUUGGGGUCAGCUACAAAGCAGCAGCCACCACCACCGCCACCACCUCCUCCUCCUCCGGCUUCAUCAUGCUUGUCAAGCAUUCCUCCCCCUCCCCCUCCACCUAUGUCUUUUGGGGCACAAACACGAACUUUUGCCCCUCCCCCUCCACCCCCUCCUCCACCUCCUAGGUCAGGUGUUGGUGGAAAUGCUCCACCUGCACCUCCUCCCCCGCCUCUACAGUCAAAUGUUUAUGCUAUUUCUCCACCUCCACCACCGCCACCACCUCCAGCACUGAGGCCAAGUUCAGGCGCUCCAUCCCCAUCCCCACCACCACCCCCACCACCACCUCCCACGGCUCCAUCCUCUCGAACAUUUUCAAGUGCUCCUCCACCACCACCUCCACCGUUACGGUCCGCUCCUCCUCCACCACCGCCGCCGCCAAUCUCGCAUUUUAAUGCUCCACCGCCUCCAACAACACGUUCUAAUGCCCCUCCUCCGCCGCCGCCACCGCCUAUCACACGUUCAGGACUGCCACCUCCGCCCCCUGGCCCUCCACCUCCUCCACCACCUCCAGGUGCACAUCCAGGUCCUCCACCUCCUCCACCACCUCCAGGUGCACGUCCUGGUCCUCCACCACCUCCACCCCCUCCAGGUGGUCACCCAGGUCCUCCACCACCUCCGCCUCCACCAGGUGGUCGCUCAAGUGCUCCACCUCCUCCACCCCCUCCAGGUGGUCGUGCAAGUGCACCACCUCCUCCGCCCCCUCCAGGCACACGUCCGGGAGCUCCACCUCCCCCACCUCCGCCUGGAGCUGGUGGGAGAGCACCACCACCACCACCUGCUCCUGGGGGAAGGCUUGGUGGUCCUCCACCUCCUCCUCCAGGUGGGCGUGCACCAGCUCCUCCUAGAGGACCAGGAGCACCACCACCUCCAGGAGGCAAUCCUAGUGCUUUAUUAGGUAGAGGACGUGGGGCAAUACGUGCUUCGGGAUCAGGUUUUGGGGCUGCAGCUGCACGGAAAUCAACAUUAAAGCCAUUGCAUUGGAUCAAAGUGACAAGGGCUAUGCAAGGAAGUCUAUGGGAAGAAUUACAGCGAAAUGAUGACUCACAAAGUGUUUCGGAGUUCGAUUUGUCAGAACUGGAAAGCCUAUUUCCAGCAGCUGUUCCAAAAUUGGAUGACAGCUCUAAAUCUGACUCACGCCGAAAAUCUCUUGGUUCAAAGCCAGAAAAAGUUCACCUAAUUGAGUUGAGGAGGGCAAACAACACAGAGAUCAUGCUGACAAAAGUGAAGAUGCCACUGCCAGAUUUGGUGAGUGCGGCAUUGGCUUUAGACCAAUCUACCUUGGAUGUUGAUCAAGUGGAGAAUCUCAUAAAGUUCUGUCCUACGAAAGAAGAAAUGGAACUUCUCAAGAAUUACACUGGAGAUAAAGAAAAUCUCGGUAAAUGUGAACAGUUCUUCCUAGAAUUGAUGAAAGUGCCACGAAUGGAGUCAAAACUGCGGGUGUUCUCCUUCAAGAUCCAGUUUGGUUCACAAGUUGCAGAUCUUCAAAAAAGUUUGAACACCAUAGACUCUUCAUGUGAUGAGAUUCGAAGUUCUCUCAAGUUAAAAGAAAUCAUGAAGAAAAUUCUCCUCCUUGGGAAUACGUUGAACCAGGGUACUGCUAGAGGUGCUGCAGUUGGCUUCCGGUUGGACAGUCUUCUAAAACUAACAGAUACUCGAGCAACAAACAAUAAGAUGACACUUAUGCACUACCUCUGCAAGGUGCUUGCUGCAAAAUCACCACAUCUUCUGAACUUCCAUGUGGAUCUUGUUAGUUUAGAAGCUACAUCAAAGAUACAACUUAAAAUGCUGGCAGAAGAAAUGCAAGCGGUUAGUAAAGGGCUGGAAAAAGUUCAGCUUGAGUAUGAUGCUUCAGAAAGUGAUGGUCCAGUAUCUGAGAUUUUUCGUAAGAAACUGAAGGAAUUCACUGACAAUGCUGGAGCUGAUGUGCAAUCUUUGUCUUCAUUAUUUUCUGAAGUGGGAAAAAAGGCUGACGCACUCAUUAAAUAUUUUGGUGAAGAUCCUGUUCGAUGCCCAUUUGAGCAAGUUAUCACUACGCUCUUAACAUUUGUAACAAUGUUUCGGAAAGCACAUGAAGAGAACCGCAAGCAAGCUGAGCUUGAUAGGAAAAGGGCUGAAAAAGAGGCAGAAGCAGAAAAGACUAAAGCACAGUUGGCUAGUAAAAAUGACUCUAAACCAUCAAAUCCAAGCCGACAAGCAAAACAAACGUUAGAUAAAACAAGAGCGGCAAGCAGACGAGUAAAAGAUACAGGAUGAUCCCACCCGUCCAAGUCUUAUGUGCUUCUGAUCUGCAUGCUGGGCGAAUGCAUGACCUGCUCGAUGCACGGGGUGGGCAAGAAAAGUUUGUGUGAAUGAUGCAGUCAUCAAUGGGAACAGCAUGGCUGCAGCAUAGCAACUGUAAAUGAUGCCCUCUACGUUCGCACCAGCGACGGCCGUUUUUUUUUCACGUCGGCCAGCAGGGCCCAGUGCUAACUUCCGACUGCUGUAAAGAAACUAACACUAACAGCAAUGCUAACUCCAUUCGUUUUUCUCUUGGUUUUUUAUGUUGUCCAUUCUUUCUAACCCCAUGGCAAAGUGCAGCCAAUGCUUCAGAAGAAGUACAGCUGGGUAGCUAGGUAGGAAUUGUACAAACAGGAAUAGGGAAAAUGUAGGGGGAACCUUGUGGAAUCGGAGAAAGUGUAGCUGGGAUCUAUACGAGAUGUAAACUUGCGUGUGCUUCACUAAUAUUUUCUUUUAGUGGAUGUACCAAGUUUUCCAUGAUUAAUGAAUGUAUCAGCUUCACCCUUGCUUGUGCAGCCAUUCGUGCUGUUUCUGCUUCCCUAAUUACUGUUUUAAUGGACAUCUG